CCUCUAUCUUGCAAAGGCACCGGAUCCUAGUUGAAUGCCAGGACGAGUCUUACGACGGCAUCCCCUCAGAGAAAUUUUCUUUCCAUGUCCAGGUUGCCACCCUUCCUUCUUUUCUGAUGUCACUGAAGACGUUUCUCUUCAGGUCACUCGCCUCCCAACGACCUCACCACCUACCAGAGAUUCCACUUGAGCGUUUCUGCGAACUGUUUGACUUUAAAUCAAACUAGCCGAUUCCUAGAAGGGCCGCUGCUGUGUCGGCUUCGUAUAACUGCAUGCGGACUUUGAACUCCGCAGAGACUGGAAUAAAAGGCACAGAAUUGGUACUACGAAGAAGCGACCGCUUCUCUGACGGUUGAGAAUCGGGCGUUCGCUAGAGGCAUUCUUCCGCCAUGGGGAAGAGACGCAUUUGCUACUUCGGAGGCAGCUUCGACCCGCCCACUUACGGUCACAUGUUCUCUGCGGCAGCAGUCCUCGACAGCGGUUGCGUUGACGAAGUCUGGAUGAGUCCUUGUGGAGGAGAUCCUGAGCCGUCGGCAGAUGCUUCUCCCUCGAUUUGUCUUUUGCGAGGCCGAGAGAGUCGAGUCAUUUCUGAAGACAGCAAAGAGACGCUGACAGAGCCUUCCGAGGAGUGGCGGCAAGGCGCCGCUGCUGCAGAGAGACCGAGAGAUUGCACGUCGGAGGAGAAGCACCCAGGUGGAACGAAACGCCUUCCGACGCAGAGAAAUGGCUGGGACACCACAGGACAGGCGUCUGCCGAAGCGACUGCAGGCGCCCCCGACUCGUCAACGAAAAUUCGAAAGACAGGCGAACUCCAAAAUGCAUGCGGUGUGACGGCUAUCAAACGGAGACCAGACAAGGCGAUGAGGACACCGGCCGCCCUGAGGCUUCACAUGAUUCAACUCGCCGUGUCGCAUUUCUUUGGACCUGAGGAAUCACGAAGAAGCCCUGUGCGGGUUCUCCAAUGGGAAGCUCUGACGCCAGGCUUCACCCCCACUUUCAAGGUGUUGAAGCGUCUUCAGGAAGAGAAUCCCGAUUGCGAAUUUUCGAUUCUCAUUGGAGAAGAUAUCCUCCCCGAUCUCCACAAGUGGUACAACGCUCCUGCUCUGAUGGACGAGUUCGCAUUUCUCAUUAUCCCGCGGAACGGCGAGGCUCACCACAUGGCGAUGCUCCUCUCGAGCUCCGAGCGGCCUACAUGCAGGUGCUCGGCUAAGAACGUGGCUGCCUCAGACACCAUAUGCGCAUGCGUGUCCACUUCUCGUAUCGCUUCUGCAUCGUCUGCGUCUCCUCAAGAGACAGAAUUUGCCAUCUCGUCUCUCACGACAAUCCCCGCUUGUGUAGAAGAACGGCAGACACCCCACACUACAGGUCCUAGUGCCGCAAACGUCUCUUUAGAGACUUCUGGCCACUCUUCACUUGGGAGAGACGACUGUGAACGUCUUGAAAUGCCGCGAUGCAUCGCAUGCGUCCGCAUGGCAGCUGCCGAGGCAGAACAGAAACUACGGGGGCGCAUAGAAAGCACAUUGAGAUCCCUCAAACGAGUUGCGUACAUCGAUCACCUGUGCAUGCAACAAGGGCGGCCAUACUUCGCCUGGACUGCAUCUUCCAGUUAUGUCAGAAGAGUCCUUAGUCGUCGACGCGCAUCGUCCAAAGCUGUCGUCCACUGCAGCACGCUCAUGUCGCCAGCACUCUAUUCCUUUAUCGACCAGCACGGUCUAUAUGUGUCAGAGUGACACAUCCUUAUCUCAUAACGGGAAUCCUGUUCGGUUGUGGUGUACAGCACUCGUGAAGAACUUGGAUAUCUGUAUCUCAUAAGUGGAGUCCUAUUCAGGAUCAUAAGCACAUGUAGCACAAUUGAAUGUGGCGUCUACCUGGAGCUAGGGGUGCUAGCGGCAAUUUUCGUUGUAAAAUCGCUUGCGUCCUUGCCUGGAGAUUUAUCUACCUAGUUUUCAAUUGAUCCGGCUUACACACGGUAUAAAUCAGUCAGUGUUGUCAUUCAGGUCACUGCAGGUUCUGUUUACCCCAGCCUCGCCUGGAGAUGUUGGAUUGGAAAGCUGUUGUACACAAGAAUGAAUGCAGAAAAUAGCUACUUGUCUUGAGCCACAUCACUUUUGAGGCGAUAUUUUCAGAGAUGCCCCGGCAUCAGAAUUGAACGGUUGUAGAUCAGGAAAAUGUAUUAGAAAAACACCUUGCUUUUUGUGCAGGCACACUUCGUGCUUCCCAAAAGCCGUUCUGAUUUUCGAGCUCAGUGCAAGUACUGAACAGAUGCAGCUUUCUAGGCUUUUUUCUACAUGCAGAUGUGCAUAAAUAAAAUUCUACUUUAUGGGGGUGGCGGAUGCUAACGCACGGACAUGAAAGAGUGUUACAUUUGCCUAUGGAUGUAAGUCCACGUGGCCACUAACUUGAAACUCGGUUCUCUAUGAUGGACGAUAACUUCCCGG